AUGCAGAACCUCUCAGAGGGUUUACUUGAAGCAGUAAGAAAAGCAGCUGAGACUGCUGAACUAAAAUUGAAGCUCCAUACACAUAUGAGAAUUCUAAAUGAGAUCAAGGCCUUGUGUAUGCAGUGGCAGGCUGAGGCAGAGGUCAAACAACAAUUGGCAUUUGCUGCAGACCAAGCAUCCACUAUGAAGAGCUUCACUGACGCAAUCACCAUCAUCAAUAAGGAUAGAGAAAACCAGAUCUUAGGCCUGCAGCAGGAGAUCAAAUGUUUACACAGACAGGUGACUAUGCUGAACCUGGAGAUCUCAUCACAAUCAUUCACAAUCUCUCCAGAAGUGUACACAUCAUCAGAGACUGCUGCACAGGAUGAGAAUCUGAGCAUGAGAUACAUCAAGCCAGAAGAUCUGCUGAAGUCAUCAAGCUUCAAUGAUGACUGA